AGGAAAAGAAUAUUUGAGGUCCAUUUCUAAGGAAAGAAAAGGAAGAAAUGACAGAAUGCCUAGAGUUGAAACCAGUUAAACUGGUAAACAUUGCUAUCUUCAGAAAAUAAGUUAAGGAAUGAGAGGCAAGGAAGAAAGGACAUUCAUCUUGGAAGGACCUAAAGCACUUUGAAAUUUAAAGGAAUGUAAUGAUAGCUGCUAAAACCACCUUUGUCACCAAAAUGGAUGAAGUACUUCAAAUUUAAAUGAUUGAUCACACUUACAAAAGCUGCUAUGAAACAGAGGGGAGGUGAAAACUAACAGAUGAAAAUUUUGCCAUGCACUGAAAGGAAAGCAUUGUCUGUGAAGUUCUAUAUUUAAAAAUGUCUGCUUGUAACACCUUUACUGAACACGUUUGGAAACCUGGUGAAUGCAAGAACUGCUUUAAACCUAAAAGCUUACACCAGCUCCCCCCAGACCCUGAAAAGGCACCCAUCACCCAUGGCAAUAAAACUAAUGCCAACCAUAGUAACAACCACCGAAUCAGGAACACCGGAAAUUUCCGGCCUCCUGUGGCUAAAAAGCCAACUAUAGCUGUGAAGCCCACUAUGAUGGUGGCAGAUGGGCAAAGUGUGUGUGGAGAGCUUAGUAUCCAAGAACACUGUGAGAACAAACCUGUCAUCAUAGGAUGGAAUCGAAACAGAAUGGCCUUGAAUAAGAAACCACUUAACAAUAAUAAUGAAGAUGAUACUGAAGGAUUUAGCCAUGUUCCUAAGCCUUAUGACAAUAAUGAUAGUGCAAAGAAGGUAUCAAAUAACAAUAAUGGACUAACUGAAGUGUUGAAGGAGAUAGCAGGCUUAGAUACCACCCCUCAGGUAAAAGGAAAUGAAACAAACUCCAGAGAAACCUUCUUAGGAAGAAUAAAUGAUUGCUAUAAGCGAUCACUGGAAAGAAAGCUUCCGCCAAGUUGCAUGAUGGGCGGGAUAAGGGAUACUCAGGGCAAGCAUGUUAUUCUGAGUGGAAGCACAGAAGUGAUCAGUAAUGAAGGAGGCCGAUUCUGUUACCCAGAGUUUUCUAGUGGCGAAGAGAGUGAGGAAGAUGCGCUUUUCAGUAACAUGGAGGAGGAGCAUGAGAGCUGGGAUGAGAGUGAUGAAGAGCUGCUGGCCAUGGAGAUUCGUAUGAGAGGGCAACCUCGCUUUGCCAACUUUAGGGCAAACACUUUGUCUCCUGUUCGAUUCUUUGUGGACAAAAAAUGGAAUACUGUCCCCCUGCGAAAUAAAUCUCUGCAGAGAAUCUGUGCUGUCGACUAUGAUGACAGUUAUGAUGAAAUCCUGAAUGGUUAUGAAGAGAAUUCCGUGGUCUCCUAUGGACCAGGAAGCAUUCAGAGCAUGGUGUCAUCUGACUCCACAUCCCCAGAUUCCUCUUUAACAGAAGAAUCACGGUCCGAGACAGCCAGUAGUUUAUCCCAGAAGGUUUGUAAUGGGGGACUAUCUCCCGGUAACCUGGGGGAUUCUAAGGACAUGAAGGAAAGUGAGCCCAAUUGUGAAAGCCCCAGUGGUAAUAAUCAGGAGAAGGCCUCAGCACAAGCAUCCAAAAGCUCAGUAAAAGUUCCAGAGACACACAAAGCGGUCCUUGCUCUCCGAUUAGAAGAGAAAGAUGGCAAGAUUGCUGUUCAGACUGAGAAGCAAGAAAGUAAAGCCUCUACAGAUAUUGCUGGGCAAGCAGUAACCAUAAACCUCGUUCCUGUAGAAGAGCAAGCAAAGCCCUACCGAGUAGUGAAUCUGGAGCAGCCAUUGUGCAAGCCUUACACUGUCGUGGAUGUGUCAGCAGCCAUGGCCAGUGAGCACCUCGAGGGCCCCGUUACCAGCCCCAAAACGAAGAGCUCAUCUUCUACUCCUAACUCUCCAGUGACAUCCCCUGUGUUGACAUCAGGACAAGUAAGUGCCCAUUUCCAAAAAUCCAGUGCAAUCCGCUACCAGGAAGUCUGGACUUCCAGUACCAGUCCACGACAGAAGAUACCUAAAGUAGAAUUAAUUAGCGGUGGGGCCGGACCAAAUGUCCCUCCAAGGAAAAACUGUCACAAAUCAGCACCUACUUCACCCACAGCUACAAACAUUUCCUCCAAAACUAUCCCUGUUAAGUCACCUAAUUUGUCUGAAAUAAAAUUUAAUAGUUAUAACAAUGCUGGUAUGCCACCUUUUCCAAUUAUCAUUCAUGAUGAGCCAACUUAUGCUCGGAGCUCCAAAAAUGCUAUCAAAGUUCCCAUUGUAAUCAAUCCAAAUGCAUAUGACAAUCUAGCCAUUUACAAAAGUUUUCUCGGAACAAGUGGAGAACUUUCAGUGAAGGAAAAAACCACAAGUGUAAUAAGCCAUACUUAUGAAGAAAUAGAAACUGAAAGCAAAGUGUCUGAUAACACCACUAACAAACCCACUGAAUGUCCCCAAGCUAAAGGGUUUUCAAACAGCACAGAGCGUAAAAGGGGCUCAGUGGCUCAGAAGGUUCAGGAGUUUAACAGCUGUCUUAACAGAGGUCAGUCUUCACCGCAGAGAAGCUAUAGUUCCAGCCACAGCUCCCCAACAAAGCCCCAGAGAACCACUCAAGAACCUGUGGCCAAAACAGAAAGCACUCAGGAGUCUCAGGUCGUGAGCAACAGCAGCAGCACCAGGGAGAAAGCGAGCACAGUGCUUUCUCAGAUUGUAGCUUCUAUCCAACCCCCACAGUCUCCUCCAGAAAUGCCCCAGUCUGGCCCUAAAGCUUGCAGCGUGGAAGAGCUUUAUGCAGUUCCUCCCGAUGCCAGUGUUGCUAAGAGCACACCUAAGAGCACACCGGCCCGGCCCAAAUCUCUCUUCACAUCCCAGCCCAGUAGUGAGACUGAAGCAGCACCUCAGACCACAGAAAGUCCUACCACCAAAGUACAGAAAGAUCCACUCAUGAAGCCAGUCACCACUCCCCCCUCCAAAUUAGUGACUAACCCCCCAAAUGAGCCACCACCUCCCUUUCCCCCACCACGCUCUACAUCCUCCCCUUACCACGCAAGUAACCUUUUGCAGAGGCAUUUCACCAACUGGACCAAGCCAACCAGCCCUACCAGGUCCACAGAAGCUGAAUCAGUUCUGCACUCAGAAGGCAGCAGACGGGCAGCUGAUGCAAAACCUAAACGCUGGAUAUCAUUUAAAAGUUUCUUCCGCCGUCGGAAAACAGAUGAGGAAGAAGACAAAGAGAAAGACCGAGAGAAAGGGAAGCUGGUGGGCCUGGAUGGCACGGUCAUCCACAUGCUGCCCCCUCCUCCAGUUCAGCGCCACCACUGGUUCACAGAAGCAAAGGGGGAGUCCAACGAGAAGCCAGCCAUUGUCUUCAUGUACAGGUGUGACCCUGCCCAAGGCCAGCUCAGUGUGGAUCAGGGCAAAGCCAGGGCAGAGCAGUCAGCAGUCACAGAGAGGAGUGGAAUGGAGGAUGGGUUACUACAGGACUCAGAGAAGAAGAAAAGAAGUCAUUCUUCUCCAUCACAGAUACCUAAGAAAAUUCUCAGUCAUGUGACCCACGAAGUGACGGAGGAUUUUUCUCCUCGGGAUCCAAGAACUGCUGUUGUGAAGCAAGAUGGUGGGGGCUGCACAUCAGUCACAACAGCAUUGCCCCUACCUGAACUGGAAAGGGAAGAGGAAAAAGAAGACAUUUCAGAUCCUAUGGACCUGAAUCCCUGUAGUGCAACAUAUAGCAACUUAGGGCAGUCUCGAGCAGCCAUGAUACCUCCCAAGCAUCCACGGCAACCUAAGGGAGCUUUGGAUGAUGCCAUUGCCUUCGGUGGGAAAACAGACCAAGAAGCACCUAAUGCUUCUCAACCUACACCACCCCCACUGCCAAAGAAAAUGAUCAUAAGAGCCAAUACAGAGCCAAUCUCCAAAGACCUCCAGAAAUCCCUAGAAACUACUCUUUGUGUCAUGGCUAAUCCUACCUAUGAUAUUGACCCCAACUGGGAUGCCAGUAGCGCUGGCUCUUCAAUCAGUUAUGAACUCAAGGGACUGGAUAUUGAGUCUUAUGACUCCUUGGAGAGACCUUUGCACAAGGAGAGACCUGUGCCCUCUGCAGCAAACAGCAUCUCCAGCUUAACCACUCUCAGUAUUAAGGACAGAUUUUCCAAUAGCACAGAGUCCCUGUCCAGCCGGCGUGGUCCCUCUUGCAGGCAGGGCAGAGGCAUCCAGAAGCCACAGAGACAAGCACUUUAUCGAGGACUUGAGAAUCGUGAAGAAGUGGUGGGUAAAAUCCGAAGCCUUCAUGCAGAUGCCUUGAAAAAACUGGCUAUUAAAUGUGAAGACCUCUUCAUGGCUGGGCAGAAAGAUCAGCUCCGUUUUGGGGUGGACAGCUGGUCAGACUUCAGGCUAACCAGUGACAAGCCUUGUUGUGAGGCAGGUGAUGCCGUUUACUACACAGCUUCAUAUGCAAAAGAUCCACUUAAUAACUAUGCAGUCAAGAUCUGUAAGAGCAAAGCUAAAGAAUCACAGCAGUAUUAUCACAGCUUGGCUGUCCGGCAGAGUCUGGCUGUCCAUUUUAACAUCCAGCAGGACUGUGGUCACUUCCUGGCUGAAGUUCCCAAACGUCUGCUUCCCUGGGAGGAUCCUGAUGCCCCAGGGGAGGAAGAGGAGGAAAUGGAAGCAGCAGAAGAGGUGAAAGGAGAAACUGAUGGGGAAAACCCAGAGCCCAGCUCUGAAGCAGAGUCAUCCCACAAAGAAAGCCAGGCGGUCAUUAGCAGGAAGCAGAGAAGCCACGUUGUGGUCAUCACCAGAGAGGUUCCUUGUCUCACCGUGGCCGACUUUGUGCGAGACUCUCUGGCACAGCAUGGGAAGAACCCUGACACGUAUGAGAGGCAAGUGUGUCUGUUGCUCUUACAACUGUGCUCCGGCCUGGAGCACCUCAAACCCUACCAUGUCACUCACUGCGAUCUACGUCUGGAGAACCUGCUGCUUGUCCACUACCAACCCGGGGGCACCAGCCAGGGCCCUGGGCCUGUGGAGCCCGGGCCCACCUCAUCCUGUCCCACAAGGCUCAUAGUAAGCAACUUCUCUCAAGCCAAGCAGAAGAGCCAUCUGGUGGACCCCGAGAUCCUCCGGGACCAGUCCCGCCUCGCCCCAGAGAUCAUCACAGCCACCCAGUAUAAAAAGUGUGACGAGUUCCAGACAGGCAUCCUCAUCUAUGAGAUGCUGCACCUGCCCAAUCCCUUCGAUGAGAACCCAGAGCUGAAGGAGAAGGAAUACACUCGAGCAGACCUGCCUCGCAUCCCACUCCGCUCCCCCUAUUCCCGGGGCCUGCAGCAGCUGGCCAGCUGCCUCCUGAACCCCAACCCUUCUGAGCGGAUCCUCAUUUCAGAUGCCAAGGGCAUCCUGCAGUGUCUGCUCUGGGGCCCCCGGGAGGAUCUCUUCCAGACUUUCACCGCCUCCCCCAGCCCAGUGCAGAGGAACGCCCUGCUCCAAAACUGGCUAGACAUCAAGCGAACACUGCUCAUGAUCAAGUUUGCUGAGAAGUCCCUGGACAGGGAGGGGGGAGUCAGCCUUGAGGACUGGCUUUGUGCUCAGUAUUUGGCUUUUGCUACUCCAGACUCCCUCAGCUGUAUUGUGAAAAUCCUGCAGCCCCGUUAACAUAUCCCAGUUACUGCUUUUACUUCAUCGUUACCUUCUUCAAGUCGCCCACACACUCCCCCUUCUUGGUACUCACACAGAAUUCAAAGCAAGAAGAAAGAUAAGCCUUCCAUCCCCAUCUGUGAACAAAUGAGUCCACUCAGAAAGGGAAUCCUCAGCUCCAAAUCCAACGAGACGCCGAGUCCAUCUUUACUUUGUGGAAAGUCAACUGCACCCAUGAGCAGCUGCCUUGCAUUGGCGUACCUUCCGCCGUAACUGUCCCAAAAUGCAGGAAAAAAAUGAAGACACAUCCUUGAAGGGACAGCUCCUUUAGUAUGAACUCAGUGAGCUGGAUCCGGUUCCUCCAUACUUUUGAAUAUCACCUGUCUUUUUAACACCGUGUGUUUAUUCUCACUAGCAAUAGACAGAUUUAACCAGUUCUUAUUAUCAUCCACUAAGCUCUCAUGACAGAUCUUCUUCCUUUAAAGGAUCAGUAACUGACUCUCUUACCAGACAGAACUGCCAUCCUUAGGAUCAGCCCAGUUUGGGUUCCGGGGACUAUGCCCUUUGUUGCAGCAGACGAGUAGAAAGACAAGGAGGGAUCCCAUCCCUUGGGUCACAAGCCCAUUUUCAUUUCUGUCAUCCAUAAGUGUGUGCACUGCAUGGAGGAUGGCCCUAAAAGUCUCCCCUCUGCUGCCACUGCCUGAUUCCCCUUCACCUCUACUCUGUCCAUACUUGCCAUGAAGUUUGGGUUUAUCGGCCACUUGUGGCCCAUUACAGAGCUGACCCAAGGUGGUAUCACCAGUGCCUCAUCAGAGUGGAGUGCAGCUCAAAUCUUAUAAAUAGCUGGCAGGACAAAAGGAGAUGAUUUUCCUGCAUGUGCAAUUCUCUAGGGGCUAUCGGGGAACAGAGUUGAAAGUACCGUUCUUUGGUUACUGUCAGAGCUGUCAGCAUCAGCAGCCUGGGCUGGCGGUGCCCAGAUCACAGUUUCCCCCUAAGCAGUAAUUGGCCAGUUUCCAUCUAUCAGUAGCCGGUGUUAACUCGUCUACCAAAUGCUGUAGACCACAGCCCUGAAUGAAAAGGCUGUCAGUUGAGCCCUAAUAUCUCCUUAGAGGGCAUGACGCGGCUGACUGUUAGGAUGGCCAGAAGGCAGGGGAGCGGGGAGGAGGCCACUGAUCAGACUGCUGAGCUCCUCCUCACAGUGCUGACCUUUCCUAGAGAGACUGCCUCGCCGUUGCACGGGCACAUUGGUCCUGAUGACUCUGAAAUGGCUCUGGAGGACAGUUCACAGGGAGUUUUGAUUGCCAAGGUGGGUGGCUGAGAGCUGUUCACUGUACGUGGGGUCUGUGCUCCUCUCGUAUGGAUAUAUGUGCAAUUUUUGUAUGUAUUUUUUAGCUGUAUAUACAAUGUUUAUGUUGCAACUUCACCUGAAGCAAUAUCCACAGAAACCCUCCCCUUCUUCCCUUGGCACAUAUUUGCGCUGGGAGACGAGAGUGUUCCUUCCACCGAAUGUGUGUGUGUGUAUGUGUGUGUGUGUGUGUGUGAGAGAGAGAGAGAGAGAGCGAGAGAGAGAGAGAGAGAGAGAGAGAGAGUGAUUCAAAACUGUGAGUAUCUGUUUACUUCAACCUUGAAAUCCCAAGAGUCACUCGGACAGUGUGAGUGUGUGUACACGUGUGUGCCCGUGUGUGCACAUGCAUGCUGGAAGUGAGGCCAGGCCUCUGGGGGAGCAACCUGUGGCAGGGUUGAUAGACACGGUCUAUCUCUGCACCUCAAUGGUGAGACAGCCCUGGGCCCCUCAUCUACUGGUGUAGAGUUUAUUAAAGCCAAGACUGGUUGUGCAGUAUUACUUAGAUAGCACGUUAGUGGCCUUUUGGAAAUUUCUAAAUGUUUAACAUUAACAGCCUUUCAUGUGAUUCACCUAUAUCAAAGAGGAUCAGGAAAGGAGAAUGUAUUUUAUUGUGCUCUUCUUUGUUUCUUUUUUUAUUUUUUUCAAGAGAAUGGAACAUACGAGGCUCCAUGUGGAGGAUGUCCCUGUCCUCCAGGCCAGCAGUACAGGACUUCCAGGGAAGAGAGCCGAUUGGCCCACAAAGAGUCUUGCCUCCUCUCGCCUGGGUGCAAGGCUCUGCCCCUAGGAAUGGCCACAGGGUGGGCGUGCCGCUGCAGGCCAGCAGUCCACUCUCUCUCGGUGUCCUGUGACAUGGCUGCUCCUUGCCUCUUGGUUCACCUUAGCAUAGCCCAUGUGCACAUAACUCCCUGCCUAAUUAUACACUGAAGUGGCAGCACACAGACCACUGACCCUGUCAUCCAGCAUGUUCCCUUAGCAGUCCCCCACCCCCCGACCCGCCUCCAUGGUUUGCAUAUUGAGACACUUUCUCAAUGUCACUCUUGUGGUGCCUUCCCAUGUAAAUUUGAAUGUUGACUAUUUAAUGAGGUUUCAUAUUUAAUGAAGAAUGUUUCCCAGUCCCUCUAUUUGUUCUCUUGGUAUCUUCUUCCCCCUACCCCCACCCCUUUUUUUCCUGUGUCUGUUUUGACUUGGAUCCAGCCUUCUUCAUUUUAACUCUAUGGUAUUAUAAGCAUGGACACCCUCCUCAACCAUGAUCUUAUAGCACUGGCAAACCAAGCACCUCUUCACAUCAGACGUGCUUAGUACUGUUUUUAUAUUCAGAUUCGUUAAGGGCAACAGGUGAAUGCCAGCUAGUGAGACGAAGAACACAGCCUUCCCCGAGACUGAGUGGCUGGAUUAAUAGUUCUCUGAGGGAGGCCAAGGAAGGUAAAGCGGGGAGGGAAGAAGAUGUUACAGGUUAGAGCAGAAUAGACAAGGUAACCAUUUUUCUAGGCAAGAAAUAUUACAUCAGAUGGUCCUCAGAAUAUUUUUCCAAAAUAAUGAAAUUCAGUCUAAUAUUAUCACAAACAUUUUACAUUUCUAUUUUAAUUAUAGUGGAACUUUGAAUUUACUCAUCAACUGGAAAGAAAGCCUACCCUCAGACACAGACAUACAUAACAUAUUUAUGUACAAAUAUGUAUGUGUAUAUAUAUAUAUGAGGUUUUUGAAUUGUGACUAGCAUAGCACUUUAAAUUUUCUCAAAGAACAUCAAGUUAUUGUCUUCAGUACUGAAUGGAUUUUUCUCUUUCACUGACGUCUUUACUAUAGAUUCUUCCAUUUAUAUUGAGAAUUUGAACAAUUAAGCCACUUUUGGAACUUUUCCUUCAGCCGUAUGAGCAAGAAUAGCCUCUCGUAUGCAUUUGGGUACCAGAGAUACAGGACAGUGGCUAGAGUAGCCACCACCAAGUCUGAAUGUAUAGCAGAGUGCCUUGUCAGCAUGAUAACCUCGUGUGGGGAGGAAGAGAAUUAGACGUUCCACAGGGAAGACCAGGGCUGAGAAGUCUCCCUUGCCAGCCUGAGGAAAGCCCCGUUGGUACAUGCACGCUAGCGUGAUGUGCAAAAGCCAGUUCAUCAACAAUAACAACAGGAUGGGGAAAAGAGCAGUUGAAACCUGUGGAAUCAACAACAAAAGACUCCUGCAGGUCCACCAACCCCUAGGCUAAGUUAAAAUCAGAAGCUAAGAAUGUGGCGUGGGUUUCAAGUUUUGCCCUGAGAAGAUAAACCGGCUGAAGUAUGUGGGGGGGGGCACAAGCACCCACACUCCUUAACCUGCUGAUGUUGAGAGGGUUAAAGUAAAACCUGUUUGUUAGGAUUUUGAGACUGUGUAGCCUUUCAUUGUCAGUGGGGGCCAGUUAGGCUUCCACACUCAGAGUAAGUUUGUGAAAGUGGAAAACUUAAGCCAAGAGAUCUGAACCUCUAGAAAUAUUAAUGAUAUUUCUAGGGUUUGACUGCCUAAAAUUGUAUUUUAAAGCUUUCUAGCAUUGUAAAAUUUGAGUGAAAGCUCUUUGGGGACUACUAAACAAGUAAGGCAUCAAAGGAUGCACUCGGCUUCCCAAAUUUGAGUUAAGAAUACUUUGGUGCUGGGAAGUAGCCUGACUUGUUUUGCUGAUAAUCUGCAACUAGGAUUGUCCCCUAGAUGUUAACAGCAGGGAUCUGGAAAAAAAAAAAAUACAGGCUGGUUCUGGAAAUUGGGGUGGACUUAGGCUACUGCACUUAGGAUACUUGGAGUGGGGAGAGGAACUUGAUUCUCUGGGCCAGCUCUGACAUGCUUUUAUUCCCCCCACUAGUUGAUAACGAAUAAAAAUUUUGGUUCAGACUAAUGAGUGAACAGGAUGACUGCCCACGAAACCGGGUCGUUAGUUUUACCUCAUUGAAGCUCAUAUUCUCAAAGGCCCAAAGUGCUGUGCCGAGACAAAUCCAAGCGCCACCCUUGCUGAAGUGUGCACUGCAGCCCAGCUGUGUGUGCUGACAGCAGCACCAAAAGUGAGGAUUCCAUGGACCAAAAAAGAUGCCACAGGGGCCGCCACAAGAUGUGUAAUGCAAGAUCCUAGAUAGAGAUAUACCAAAGAAAUCAAGCCUUUUUGUCUUCAUGAUUCUAAGGUGAUGAGGUUGAGUUACGAGAGAUGCCAAGGGAGGAGCAUUCACAUGCAUUCCACAUCCAGGUAUUCAGCUGAUGAAGUACUCCAGUCUCCAAAAAGCACCUGUUUUUUGAAAAAACAAGUCCAUUAUGUGUAUUGGGGGGGAAAAGAUGAUGAUGAUGAAGACAAAGAAGAAGAAGAAGAAAACCUUGGGCAGAUUAUAGAGUUCCCCAGUAUUUAAGGAGGAGGAACUAUUUCCUCCCUCCUUGGUGUGAUUGUGACUGUUGCCUGGGCUUCAGCUUGGGAAAUCAUAUCUAUGUCAUUAAGAGCUGAGGAGUUUUUUUUUUUUUUUUAAAGAGAUGUGGUAGUUUCAAUAGGUUUAUUUAAAAAACACUUGGGAAAUUUCUUAACAAAUUGUAAUAGUUUUUAUAAACCUUCCUACCCAGGUGUUUACCACUCAUCAUCACCAUAUUUUAAUAUUUAUAAGUGCCCAGAAUGUACAAGGUGCUAUACAGCUGUUAAACACCCCCUCUCUGCAGCUGUGUGAAAUUAGAGUAGGUUUUUGCAUCAGCCACUGCUAGCAACUUUCCCCACCAGGGUAGGCCGCAGGGGCUCGCAUCCUGGAUGUCCGUCACAUUUCCCACUCCAGAGAGCCUCCUCAUUGAUCUAGCUUCUUACCUUUACCCAUCCACUCGCCUCCAUGGUUUGGUUUUGUUUUUUUUUAAAAAUCAAGAAAGUUUCAGGGAAUCAAAAGAGGUCGGACAUUUUUUAACCUAGCAGAAGUACAGAGUCAUAUAUUUUGCUACAAAUCUUAUAGUAUGGGAAAUCCACUUUGCCCGUAUAGUGUGUGGAAAGUAUGUGUGUGUGUCUGCGCUCAUGAUAACUUGAAUGUCGAACCAGCCCUAAUGGCUUCAGGGUAGCAUCUUUGAAAGAUAAACCACACGGCUUCAGGAAACUUUCUCCAAAUACUACUUGGUUAUCCGUUCCCGUACCAGUUUUAAAGGGUGUUGAGGGUGAACACACUGGGAUGGGAUAUUCUGUUGAUGACAUGCCGGGCAUUUUGGCGUGAGAUGAGGGCAGAAGCAAGAUGUUGUCCUUCUGUGAUUUGACGCGUGGCAGUCCUCAUUCCACACUCUCUUUCAUUCCCCAUGGUUCUGCCCAUACUCUCUUUUUGAAACUCUUGUUUCUUUUGCUCACCUCUCUUCUUACAUAUUUUAGCGUUUUAUAAAUCUACCAAUGAAAGGUCCCCUCUGUCACCAGGUGGCACCACCCUUUGGUUUGCUGUGGUACUUUGCUGUGUUCUCUGUGGCAUCAUGUUACUGUGUAAAUAAAUUCAUUUUCAUAUACACUAAAA